GUCAGCAGGCGGUCGGAGGAAUAAGACAAGAAAAAAGAACAAUGAAACAUGGCCGAGGCCCGGACGGAGGAAGAUGACAGUCUGCCAACACCAGACUUGCCGUCAUAUAUAUCUAAUAUAUCUAUUGACGGAACCAGCGGUACCUCCUUCGUAUCGCUAUCCAUGCAGUAUCAACGCCCAAGCAUUACAAUAAGAACUCAACAAGUACACUACAUUGCAAGAGGUAUCCAUAUGGUUUCACCACGAUCUGAUCCAAAUGCUGUUUACAGUUUACACCCUUCGCCAAUGCAGAACAUUCAUGAACCAAUUGCGAGAUCCCAUCUCUUAAUGCACGAGUUUCCGGAGACAACACUCAAUCAUAGAAGGCGAGAAACCAGCGAAGAUAGUUACAGAAGAAGAUUAAGAACAUUUCGUCAUUGGCGUGUAUCCUUUCUAGAUCCGGAAGUUCUUGCUGAAGCCAGUUUUUGUUACACAGGAGCAGGAGACACUGUAAGAUGUACAAUAUGCGGAGGGGAAUUAUCGAACUGGCAGCCAGGGGAUAAUCCAAGACAAGAGCAUUUCAAGGAAUUUGGAUUUUUCUGCCAUUAAAUGAGUUUUGCCGUUAUUUGUUUUCAAAAAACAAAUUAGGCUAUGAUUAGUCUGACUUUUAUGGAGAUGUUAUUUACUGUAAGAUGUACAUGAAAUUACAAAGUGUGUCAUUUAAAAAGGCAUGUCAUGUUUUUUUGCCGUUGAAAGACUGAGUAAUAGCCAGUUUUAAAGUCCACUGAGAUUUUUUAUCUGCUUAGACACUUGCCUUCUGACUUGUUGUGUUUUUAUUGCUCUGUGUUCGUCAAAGACAUUGAGUACAUGCGUGUAAUUAUGGUUCUUUUGCUUUGCUUAUUAUAUAUUUUAAAAGAGGUUGUCUAUGAUUUAUAUUUCAUGCCCUUUGUUAUCAUUGUGUUAGACAUUCACCUAGGAUGGAAAACUUUAUUUGUAAUGUCCUGUAAUUUUUUAACAUAAAUUGGUAUUUCCGUGUUAUGUAUAGAUAAUAACAAUUCAUAAACAUGUUUUUUUUUGUUAUAUGUGAUAUAACAUUUUGAUGAAGUUAUAAAUGUUUUACACGACAAUUACACAGCAGUUAGAGCGUUUUGGUACUCAAACUGGCUUCGGCGUUGGCGCCAAUGUCGGUGUCGCCGAUGCUUUCAGGUUUAAGUUUUUUGAAAAACUUUUUAAUUUAAUCAUAUCUUCUUAACUUUUGCUCCAAUCAUUAUUAAACUUGGAUAAAAUUUGGUCUUGAUAAGGGUUAGACAUCUGGUUGUUUAGAGUAAAAGUCCUGGUGGUAAGCUUUUUGAUUUCUCUGUAUCUUUUUUUAAUUAAAUCUGCUGUUCUCCUCAAGCCGAGAAUAUAUUGAUCGUAGUAGGAGGCUGACAACCGUUACUUCAACACGUGAUUAGCAAUGAUUCACCUUUCUCGCAAUUUAAAGCAUUUUCUACAUCUUUCUACGAACAAAUAUAAAAUGUUUAUAUAAUAUUUCUGUGGUAUUGAUGAAAUGGAGAACAACUGUUAUUAAUAUGAAGGAGCUCUUCCUUUUCAAAGUGUUACAACGUUGUCUUCUGAUGUCUGAUUGGCGAGAUGUCAGUAAUAUUAUCCUUGCUAGCUUUAAACUUGCAAUAACACUGAUACAAUGUGGAUGUUUCCGGAGCAUCGUCCCCUAAAGGCUCCAAAUGCCUUUGCUUGAAAUGUGGCUGCCAUAUUUUCCGGCAUGAGUACAAACAAUGUUAAUUUUUUUUUUCAAAUCCUAUUUAGAAUAACUGUUUUCUCUAAUAUUUGUCAAUCGCUUAAAUAUUGAGGAUACAACAGACAGUUUAAUUGAAUUUAUUGUUUCGUUACAUCUCUUUAUAGCUUUAACAUAAAACCUUCAAGCACAAUCAUGCUACCAAAUUUGUAGGUUCUGGGGAAAGAAGUUCUCAAGGUAUUGGGCGGAAAUGAUUUUUAAGGCUUAGUCCCAUGUGAAGCUGACCUUUUACCUACUUAUCCCAAAACAUUAGGGUUCAUUUACUUUAUUUAUAAGUCCAAGCAAGGUAACAAGUAGAAAGGUCCUUGGUCAAGUGUUUCUAAAGUUAUUGUGAUGAAACUGUUUUCAAGGUUUGGCCCGCUGUGACCUCAACAUUUGACCUACUGACCCAAAAACAACAGUGGUCAUUUACUUUAUACGCCAGAUCAUGCUUCUAAUUCUGAAGGUCUUGGUUCAAUUUGUUCCCAAGUUAUUGGGCGGAAACCCUUUUCAGAGAUUGCCCAAUGACCUUUACCUUUAAUCUACUGACCCAGAAAACUAUAUUUUUCGUUUACUGCAUAAGCUCAUUUUUGAAGGGUCUGAAUCAUGUUGUUCCCCGGUUAUUUGGCAGAAACCAUUUAAAAGUUUUGGCUCCUGUGGCCCUGACCUUUCACCUACUGACCCCAAAAUCUCUAUGUUUCAUUUACUGCGUAGGCCCAUACAUGUUCUUAUGUUUAAAGGCCCUGGGACAAGCGGUUCUCCAGUUUUUGGGCGAAAACCGUUUACUCUAUGGAUCGACCAACGCGGCCGAUAGAUGCAAAGCAGUAUAUCCCCGCUUCUCAGAAAGGGUAGGGUGGGGGUUGCAUAAUAAUAUAAACAAUUUUAAAAUUGUUUAAGGGUGACGUAAUGGUUUGCAAAAUAACGGAGAGAAAUAAUCUUGCAAUACUGUACUGGGACACACUGAACUCCGAGGCAUUUUUAAUGCUUUAUGCUAAAAAUAACAAAGAAAAACGUUCGUGUUCGGGUUUAGUGUCUUUUCAACAUUUUGUCAAACGUGUAAGCGACGGUUUCUACUUGUAUAAGUCAGCACAGUUCCAACUUAAAAGUGCUCCCUAAACAUAAGAUGUUAUUAAAUAUGAUAACCGAAAUUCGGAGAUAUUAACCAUUCUUUAUAGCUUGCGAAAGAAACACAUAUCAUAUGAAGAAGUAUUUUAAAUGUAGGAAACGAAAAUAACACGAAUCCACCUGAAAAAUCGACCCUUUGUACUUUUUCAUAGAAAUAUCCUUAAACACAAAAGAUAUUUAUUUAUGUAGAAAACAUAUCCUUUUUCAAUUAAUUGUUCUUCGGGGUUGAUAAUAGUUUGUGUGCUGCAUAAUUUAUUAAUUCGAGCGGACUAUUGAGCAAUUAUGAAGAUCAACUGUAUAUUGAAAUGUAGUACAGAUACAGAUUUGAAAGUGUUACUUAUACAGUUAUAAUUCUAAAAACAGCUUGUUGCGUCAUAGUCAGUGACGUAAAUUUUUUAUCAACAUUUAUGUGGGGCUGAAAUAAGAUUUCUAGAAAUUUCAUUACAUUUGUUUGACAAUAUAUAGUUUUGGAGUCCAUAUUUCUAUCAAAAACUAGAUGCAUACAGAAUCGGUUCAGUUCAAAGGGUGACAAAAAGCUCAAUUUACUUAGCGUGUAUAACAAAAGCAUAUUUUAACAGACGGGCUUCUGCUUUUAGUGUAAUCACUUUGAUGUCCUAACUAGCCACGAGUUGAUUAAGAUGGUGUCAUGUAGAGACAAACUAUCUUAUAUAGAGGGUUUAUGAUCUUAACUAAAACAUGCUAAUUUUCCGCGCGCGAAGUCUUGCAUUACGUCAUGAUAUCCCAAUAUUUAUGUUAGAAAACUUAAUCUGAAACGGUUCCUCUAUGAAAUAAAACGGAACACAAUUAUGUUCCUGUAUAUUGAUUCUUACUCAAGAACCAUCAUGUAAUUAUGGCAUCUUGAGUGAGGAGGCAUCAAUCUAACUAUUUUUACAUCUUGAAAGUAUAUGUUUAAACUUUAUCAUACACGUAAAGUAGAACUAUAAAAUACGUUUCGUCGUUCUAGAACUAAAGUGUUUGCUCAAAUAGCAUGCCAGCAAAAUGAUAGGACUUAUAUUAACUAGAAGAUAACUAGAAGACAAGGACAGUGAAAACUUAGAUUUUCAAGAAUCUUGUCUUUUAAUAUAAUCCUUAAUGGGAUCCUUAUUAUUUUCAUAUGAUAAACAACAACGUUAUGUUCAGGUAGCACAGAAUUUUCUGAGAAAAGACAUGUUUAAAUAGAUAUCAUUGGGAUGUAUUUACCUGCAAA